AUGGGCUCCGUCGAUAUAUCCGACUACUCCGACACCAACAAGGUCGUGCGGACCGACAAUGAGAAGAGUGAUGGCAUCAUCGCUGCCCCCCCUCAGUAUGACGGGGAUAUGGUGGGUGAGAUGAGCGAGGCGGAGCGCAACAUCUACGAACACGGGGUGAAGAAAUUCAGCCGGCUCGGGUGGAAGCGUCUGACCAUCGUGCUCAUUGUCGAGGCCAUCGCUCUCGGCAGUCUGUCCAUCCCUUCUUCCUUUGCGACGCUGGGGAUGGUGGCGGGUGUCAUCUGCUGUGUCGGCCUGGGAUUUGUCGCCAUCUACACCAGUUACAUUGUUGGUCUGGUCAAGCUCAAGUUCCCCGAGGUCGCUCACUAUCCCGAUGCCGGGCGCCUCCUGUUCGGUCGGUUUGGCUAUGAACUGGUCAAUGCCAUGUUGAUCCUGCAGCUCACCUUCCUCACCGGCUCGCACUGCUUGACUGGCACCAUCGCCUUCACCAACAUCACCGAAAGUUCGAUCUGUUCCGUGGUGUUCGGCGUCGUCUCCGCCAUUCUGCUGCUGUUGCUCGCCAUCCCGCCUAGUUUCGCCGAGAUGGCCAUCCUGGGUUAUGUCGACUUUGGCUCGAUCAUCGCCGCCAUCGGGAUCACCAUCAUCGGCACGGGGAUCAAGAGCACCGAUGCGCCUGGUGGGCUGUCGGCCGUCGAGUGGUCCGCCUGGCCCAAGGAGGGCACCACCUUCACCGACGCCUUCAUCGCCGUCUCCAACAUUGUCUUCGCCUACAGCUUCGCCAUGUGCCAGUUCUCCUUCAUGGAUGAGAUGCACACCCCCAAGGAUUUCGUCAAGUCGAUCUGGACGCUGGGCUUGGUGGAGAUCGUCAUCUAUACCGUCACGGGGGCCCUGAUCUACGCCUUUGUCGGCGUGGACGUGAAGAGCCCGGCGCUGCUGUCGGCCGGCCACACGCUGAGCCGCGUGGCCUUUGGCAUUGCCCUGCCCGUGAUCUUCAUCAGCGGUUCCAUCAACACGGUCGUCUGCGGCCGCCUGAUCCACGGGCGCAUCUUCAAGAACUCGCCGAUCCGCUUCAUCAACACCCCCAUGGGCUGGAUCACCUGGCUGGCGAUCAUCACCGCCAUCACCGUGGCGGCGUUCAUCAUCGCCGAGGUCAUCCCCUUCUUCUCCGACCUGCUGUCCAUCUCGUCCGCCCUGUUCAUCUCGGGCUUCACCUUCUACUUCCCGGCUCUCAUGUGGUUUAUGCUGCUGCGCGAGGGCAAGUGGACCGAGCGGAGGAAUCUGAUGAUUGGCGCCCUGAACCUGGCCAUUCUGAUCAUCGGGUUGGUCACCCUGGUGGGUGGCACGUACUCGAGUAUUGAUGAUAUUAUCCUCAACUACAAGGCGGGUACCGUCAGAGGCGUCUUCGCCUGCUCCAUGUCUUAG